CGAAGCGUCCAGCGGACCAAUGGGAAGGCAGGGUGCGUUGAGGCUCAAGCGCGUUGGUGCAGUUGUGAGGAGCCAGCGAAGAGAGGAAGAUGUCUAGGUGUUGCCCUUAAAAGUUCCCUCGAAAUUUACCUUUCAUUCAAAACAGUCAUUCUACAAAUCUGUGAUAAUGGCAGACCAACAGUUCUGUCUAAGAUGGAACAACCACCAAAGCACACUGAUCUCGGUGUUCGACUCUCUUCUGGAGAGGGGUGCUAUGGUGGAUUGCACUCUAGCAGCAGAGGGCCAAUGUCUUCAAGCCCACAAAGUUGUCCUCUCAGCAUGCAGUCCAUAUUUAGAGACGCUGCUGAGUCAGCAUUACGACAAGCAUCCUAUUCUCCUACUCAAGGAUGUGAAAUUCUACGAGCUUCAAGCCAUGAUGGACUACAUGUACCGUGGGGAAGUGAAUGUGGCUCAAGACAAAUUAGGAAUGUUUUUGAAAGCAGCUGAAUCUCUUCAAAUUAAGGGAUUGUCAGACAGUGGAGGCAAUGAACCACCUGACACGGGAGGGGGGACAAGUAGUAAACGGACUAGUAAAGCUGUACCAGUGACAAAUAUUCCACGUUCUGGUGGUGGAUUAACUGUGGAAAGGCGAAGGCCACAACCUCAAGUUUCGCAAGUGGUAGACAUUCCUUCAGAUAGUGGUUCCCGUGAUGGUAGUGAAUCCCCUUCCUUAAGAAGAAAACGACGGCGAAGAACAUCUGGUGAUGAAAAUACUGCUGAGGGCGACUCUUCUAACACUGGGGACGUGUCACGCACCCAGCCCUCUUCAGCCCCCCUUAGUUCAGACCAAGUGCCAAUGAAUGGUUCUGCUGAUAGUAAUGCCUUAGGAAUUCUUUCAUCCCUUAUGGAUGGAACUGUUGAGACUGAUAAUAGUGUACAAGAACCCGGACCGUCAUUAGGAAGUUCAAGUCAGACCCAGCCUUCACAACGGAUACGAGAAAAAACGGAACCCACCACUGGCCAAAUGAUUCAGCCUAAAUCUGAGUACCUUGAAACUGAAGAAAAUAUUGAGGAUCUUACUCUUGAUGACGAUGGCAUGGACAGUAACCAGGACAUGGAUGCAGGACCUUCUCAACGGCAAGGAUAUCAAUGGCAUAUGGGUGACCAAGGAGCGGAUGAAGUUUUCAUGGCAGCACAAGAAGCAGUUGGUGCUAACAGAGAUGCACAAGCUCUCAUCAUCGACUCGGUGGUGUCGCUGUCCAUCAAGCAGGACCUGAUCGACGACUACGAGAUCGAGUACGACGAGUGGGACGACGACUGGGCCGCCAUGCACCCCGCCGACGAGCCGGACCCGGAAGUGCGGCAGCCCGUCGUGGUGCUGGAGAAGAUGCGCCUGGACGACGCGGCGCGCCGCAGAGGCCCCGACCGGCUGACGUGCGUGGAGCGCCUCGAGGGCGCGGCGCCCUACGACGAGGUGCAGUGCCGCCCGGGCCGUGCGGGCCGCCCCCUCAACGAGGACCCCGCGCGGCCCUACAGCUGCGACAGGUGCCCCGCGCGCUUCAAGACGAAGCAGACCCUGGUGGUGCACUACCGCGUUCACACCGGCGAGAAGCCCUUCGCCUGCUCGCACUGCCCGCUGCGCUUCCGACACAGCAGCUCGCUGGCCAGCCACGAGCUGGGCCACAAGGCGGGCCACAAGGUGGGCCUGCCGCUGGUCUGCGAGCGCUGCGGGGGCCGCUUCCGCCUGCAGAAGGCCCUGGCGGCGCACAUGCGCGAGGUGCACCACGUGGAGCGUAUGCUGAAGUGCGGCGUGUGCAAGAUCCUCUUCGCCACGCGCUCCGCCCUGCAGCAGCACACUGCUCAGCAGCACGCCCCGCCGCCGCAGCCCGCACCGACGCCCGCGCAGCAGCAGCAGGCCGAGGAAGCCAACAAGUCAGUGCCUUGCUACGUCUGUGAUAAGGAGUUCUCCUCCAACGCCGCCAUGUGGGCGCACACGCGCUUCCACGGCUCCGGGGACCGCUUCAGCUGCCGGUCGUGCCAGAAGCACUUCACGUCGUGGAUGGCGCUGCGCAAGCACCUGCGGACCCACAACCAGGCCGGCAAGGCGGGCAAGGCCUCGUCGCUUCUCAAGUGCAAGAUGUGCCCGAUGCGCUUCGCCGCUCGCAGCCAGCUGCUGACCCACCUCAAGACGCACGACCGCAUGGCUGCCAUGGCAGGCGACAAGCUGUACUACCGCUGCAGCAAGUGCCUGGAGCGGUUCGUGGGCCGGAAGAGCCUGCACGCCCACCUCAAGACUCACCGCGAGGAGGAAGAUCCGCCACCUCCCGCCCUGCAGCCUGAAGUCCCAUUGGCCGCGCCGGCCGCGCCGGCCGCGCCCUCAGCCAAGGUGUACCCGUGCGAGACGUGCCCUCUAGUGUUCGAGAAGUACAAGUCCAAGUGGAACCACCGCAAGGUGUGUCCCGGCGCCGCGCCCAAGGUGGCUCGCCUUUACGGCAAGGCCUUCGCCUGCGGCACGUGCGGCCUGCGCUUCAAGACGAGGAAGUUGCUGUACUGGCACCGGCAGACGCACGGCGUCAAGGCCGAGCUGCAGGCCGUGGACGACGACGAGUCCACGCAGGGCCCGCAGCAGGCCACGCAGCAGGCCCCGCAGGCCAGCCCGCAGAAGGUGUUCCGCUGCGGCAAGUGCUCCCAGCCUUUCCCCGACCGCCGAGCCCUGUUCGCGCACUCCAAGACGCACUCGGGGGCCAUGGUGGUGAUGAACCCGGACGACGCCGCCAUGCCCGAGGCUCCGGUGGCCCCGAAUGAAACUGGAGACGUCGCGGACCAGAUGACGCCUCAGUUAGACGACAAGUUCUUGAAGAACUCCAUGCGGUGCAGCCGGUGCAGCAAGCGCUUCGCUGGCAGGAAGGCCCUGUACGCGCACCUCAAGGAGGCGCACGGUCGGCGGUUCGGGGGCUCUGGCUCCACCACCCCUGCGACCACUCCCGCCACUCAGACGACCCCGGCGACCACCCCCCAGGCUACCUCCCAGGACGACUCAGCAGCCGCCGACGCCAAGGCCUAUCGCUGUCGCAAGUGCCCCGAGGUGUUUCCGGACAAGAAGAGCCAGAUGCUUCACCACGAGAUGGUGCACACCGCCGCCAUGGACAUUGCCGUCAAGGUGGAGGCCGAUGUCAAGGCCAAGAAGUACCGCUGCACCAAGUGCCCUGAGGUCUUUGUCAGCAAGAAGCAGCACUGGGAGCACUACAAGGAGCACGCACCCGAGGCCGCCGAACAGAUGAGGAGGGUGGCGAGCGUCGCCCAGCGGAGCUUGAAGUGUGGUGCCUGCGCCCAAGAGUUCGAGGACAGGAUGAGCCUCUGGUGGCACUUCAGGGAGCACAUGGAGGGCGAAGAGAAGGUGGAGGACACGUGUGUGGAGGUGCGCGGCGAUCUCGGCAAGAACGAUGUGGACCCCUUGGCCACUUACGUGAGGUGCAGCCUGUGCCCGGCCGAGUUCCCGGGCGAGACGGAGCACUGGCAGCACUACAAGGAGGUGCAUCUUGCGGACAGGGGCCCCGAGUGGCGCCCCACGCACCGCUACCGCUGCACCCAGUGCUCGGAAACAUUCCCCGACGAAGGCAGCCACUGGCGCCACUUCAGGGUCCACGCCGACGAGCCGCUCCACAAGAAGUACGCCAUGCAGAAGACGAACCAGGAUCAGUACCGGUGUGCAAGCUGCUCCGAAGUGUUCGACGACCUGGAGAGUCAGUGGUGGCACUACAAGGCCCACGCCGACCCGGAGCACGCCGACGACGGCGAGCACCUCGAGGACCCCGAGGACCCCCUGGCCGUCGGGACGUUCCCCUGCGCCAGCUGCUCCGAGUGCUUCCCCGACAAGCGCAGUCGCUGGUGGCACGAGCGGGACCACGCCCCCGGCGUGAGCCUCAGCUUCGUGGUGGUGGCGCGCCAGCCCGGGUACCGCUGCCUGCUGUGCUCGGACCGAGGCUCGGACGUGUUCGCCGACGAGGACGCCCACUGGGACCAUUACCGACGCCAUUACCAGUCCUUGGACGAGUCCUACCAGUUGGUGCAAGGCGAGCUGCAGCUGCAAUGCGACGAGUGCUGCGGCCGGUUCGAGGACGAGGACAGCUACUGGGAGCACUACCGCGUCCACUGCGAUGAAGAGCUGUGCCACCCAGAGGACGCCAAGCGAGACGCAGUGGAGUACCGCUGCCUCAAGUGCGACCAGCUGUCGCACAGCCUGGAGACGCACUGGUGGCACUACCGCAGCCACACGGUGCACGCCGACGUGGAGGAUGACGCCGCGGAGCAACGCUGCAGUCGGUGCGAGGAGCGCUUCAACACUCCGGCCGAGCUGUGGUGGCACUUCCGCCAGCACGUGGAGGAGGACAACGGCCCCGUGUGCGAGGAGGUACGGUCCAAGCAGUCGUUUCCGUGCGCCAAGUGCGAGGAAGUGUUCCCGGACCGCCGCAGCCGCUUCCUGCACAGCGCCAUCCACGUGACUCCGCGUGCCGCCGCCGCGGCCCCCGCCCCUAGCCUGCCCAGCCUGCCCAGCGGCGAGUGGGGCUACCAGUGCACGCCCUGCAAGGAGAUCUUCCUGGACACGCAGAGCCACUGGUGGCACUACAAGACGGUGCACGGCGCGGACGCCGGACCCGGCUCGUACGAAGUGGUGGAGCUGACGGACGACCCUGGCGAGGACCCCACGACGGCGAAGCGCUACCAGUGCAGCAAGUGCGGCGACUCGUUCCCGGACCUCAAGGCGCACCGCCGUCACUGGAAGCAGGUGCACGAAGUGGCUCUCCCGGCCGCCGCGACCAAGCCGCCGCCCAAGGCCAAAGCGGCCAAAGCGCCGUCCAAGGCCAAGGGCUUUCACUGCAGCAAGUGCCCCGAAGUGUUCCGCGACCGCAAGAGCCACUUCCACCACUACAGGGCAGCACACACCGGCACCGCUCUCGACAUGGACAUGGAGGAUGUGUACGAGCCCAAGAACUUUAACUGCAGCCAGUGCCCUGAGGUGUUCCCCGACCGGGAGAGUCACUGGUGGCACUACCGCGUGCACUGCAGUGAGACUGAGGCCGCCGCGGUUGAGGUGACCGCAGAAGAAACACCCGGCGAACGGGCGACUGCUGAGGCAAGCUUGGAAGCAGCCUCCGAGGCAGCCCCAGAGACAAGUGAAGCAAUAGAGUCGACUGGAGCAACUGAAGCUGCAGUGGAUGGCGAGGCCACUGUGGCGAGUGAGGCUACUGAGGCCAGUGUGACUGAUAAAGCUACUGAGGCCACUGUGGCUGGUGGGGCAAAGGCGGAGAUUACUUUAGCGGCAGACGGAUCCACGACAGCGGCUCUGGAGUCAUCACCACAGUUUCCACGGGCGAAGGAGUAUCGCUGCAGCAAGUGCCCGGAAGUGUUCCACGACCUGGAGAGUCACUGGUGGCACUAUCGCAUUCACGUGGAUCCAGAGUUCAGCGCCUCCAUCAACGGAGACGCGGCCCACGAGAAGGGCGAGACGUCGGGCAGGUUUCACUGCACCAGGUGCCCCGGGUCCAGCUUCCCAGACCGGCGCGCGCACUGGGCACACGUCAAAGACAUGCACCGCUCGAGCUCAGCGUCGGAGCAAGGCAGCGACACGUCCUCCACGACGCCGUCCAACCCACCGGCUGCCACCCCGACUGCCUUCCUGACUUGCGGCAGCUGCCCGCUGACCUUCACCAGCGUCAAGAAGCUUCAAACACACGAGAAGCGGCACGCUGACGAUGGUGUACCCAAGCCGUUCAAGUGCCACCUGUGCCCACAGUCGUUCCGGUUUAACAUCAACCUCUUCAACCACAUCAAGAUCCACGGCCAGAGGGCGGCUGGUUCCGAGGCCUCUCCUUCGGCGGCCACGGGGCUGAGCACGGAACUAGCUGUCGCCGCCCAGCCCGCAGCCACGCCGGUCGCGCCUGCGCGCUGCUUCAAGUGCCCCAAGUGCCCGGCGCGCUUCAAGGCGCGCCACAUGCUGUGGGCGCACUCCAAAACCAGGCACGCCUCCGCCAAGACCGGGCCGGCCGCCAAGACCGCCGCCAAGACCGCCGCCAAGCCCGCGCCUCCCAAGAAGGCCAGGCUGGACAUCGAGGACUACCCCUGCGACAAGUGCGAGGCCGUGUUUGCGACGUCGAGCGGGCUGAGCUCGCACCAGCGCGUGCACGCCGACGUGAAGCCUUUCUCGUGCCAACAGUGCCGCGCACGAUUCACCCUGUCCAGCAACCUGCUGCGCCACAUGAAGCUGCACAACAAGGUGAGCCUCAAGGCGAGCCUCAAGGCACUCGUCUGCUGUCGCCAGCAGUUCAGCUCGCUGGCCGCCAAGAAGGAACACGUCCGCACGGCGCACCCCCCGCGCACCGCCGAGUGCUGAGGCUGCUUGGCGCGCUUCGCCGCCACGGACGAGGGAGCGGCACUGGGCAGGAGCGAAGCGCCGCCUUGUCAAGGCCUCACUCUCGCCCAGUGCCGGUUUCGUCAACUGGACCAAUGCUAGAAUGUGAUUAGAGAUUUUUUUUUCCCUCUCGUUGACUUGUGCUUUAUGCCGUAAUUUUAAGAUUGUGGUUUUGGUUUUGACGACGUUUCAGGAGUUGACUGAAAAUAGUGUUAAGAAUCAAUUUGAUAGUCCUCGCAUGUUAAUAUUUAGUUUCUUAAAAUCAAUUUUUCUGCUAGUUAUCUUAUGUGACCAACUCUAUCUUGUUAAUGUUUUUGAGAUUAUUUACAAUGGCAACUUAGUGUUUGCACUUUGGAAAUGCGUUUUUGAUCACUGUUAACGAGUGCGAUCCACUCCUCAGUUUGUAUAACACUUUUCCUAGGCCGGUGUAUCAAUUAUCAAUGGUUCCUUUUUUUUAGCUAUCCAUUACAUGUCUGCUGUUCCUUGUAAUCAAUUUAUCAGUAUGGUUGCAAUAAAUGCGCAAAUCUACGCUC